AUGAACGCUAAAAAAGAAAAAGUAAAAAGUUUUCAUUUUAAUCGUCAAGUGACAACGAACGCUUCCAUCCAGCAUAUAAAAGUUUUCACUCAUCAAGCUUUCACCAUUUAUUUCCGUCAACGUUCGAAGAAGAAAGUUACUCUUAAGUUAGCACGAAAUACGGAUGGUCAAGAUUUUCGUAAAGAAAUUAAUAACAAAAAGGGUGGAUCGAUGUUAGCCGAAAUUGCUAAGGAAUUUAUGCAACGAUCUACUACUACCAGUCAGGUACUGAAUUUAAAUUUAUCUAAUCUACUGCUACUCCUCGUAUUAAAAGCUGUAGUUUUUGGUGCUGGAUAUAUUGGAAAUCAUGCUUAUAAGGGACGAGAUUUAAACGAAGAAAAUGUAAUAUCCGAAGGAGAAGUUGCUUUGGCAUUAGGUUAUCUGAUUGGUGAUACGUGCCUGUAUAGAGCAGCUUGCGAAGAACCACAUAUUGCAAAAGAAUAUUUGGGUGCUGCUGAAAUGCUUUUAAAUACAAUGAAACUAAUGCCACAGACAGUAUCCGUUGAACGUAAAUACGAAAAAACGAUAAAUGAACUUCGAAAAGCUAUCGAAUACGGUACUACAAGUCAAUGCCCACCGGAAUAUAACUGUAAAAAAGAAAAUAUCAAAGCUUUCUUAACGUCCGAGAAAAAAAAAUAAAAACAUCUCAUCACGUGGAGGUUACCCGGUUCUGGAGACAUAGAUGAUUCUAACUAUUCAAAUUACGACUACUC